GCAUAGUACCUACUCUGUGACAAUGUCAUUGUAUAAAAUAUGUUCUGUGGCAACUGUCAUUCUUUCUCUUGUUGGCCGCGUCCGAAUAAAUUGCUGUCUGUCAUAAGUGUUAUUUUAUUUAAAUAAUCUAAUAAUAUCUUAAUUCACAAAAUAGUUCCUUUAGGUUUUGGGCCCCGGACGGCCACUGCGCGUAAUAAAUUAAAAUCAAAUAAAUACAGUUUAUUUUGGCGGAUUAAGACAGAUUUCGGACGAACGCGUAGGGCCUUUACUUUUCAGGACAUCAUGGCGUCAAUCAAUCCACUUGCCUUUAUUGAGAAGCUCACUGGUCGAGACAACUACAAUACAUGGAAAUUCGCCGUGAAAUCAUAUCUCGAGCACGAGGAUUUGUGGGAAUGUAUUGAUCCGGGCGCUAAAGAUGCUCAAAAAGAUGUGAAGGCAAAGUCAAAAAUCAUAUUGCUUAUUGACCCGGUAAAUUAUAUACACGUUCAAGAAGCACGGACAGCACGCGAGGUAUGGCUAAACUUACAGCGCGCAUUCGACGACUCCGGCCUGUCACGUAAGUUAGCGUUGACAAUUGCUGGGUCAUAG